AUGGCUGGGUCGAGUCCUGGGGCAGGGGUGGGGCGGUGUGGGGGGUUGGGUGGGGGGGGGGGGGGGUGGGGGGGCUGGAGUCGGGGUAGGGUCCGCGAUUCCCUGAGCUUGUGGCUCGACCUGCCCACAGGGGGGGGGGGGGGGGGGGGCGGGGGGGGGGGGGGGGGGGGGGGGGGGGGGGGGGGGGGGGGGGGGGGGGGGGGGGGGGGGGGGGGGGGGGGGGGGCGGGGGGGGGGGGGGGGUGGGGGGUUGU